GGUCACCAAUCCGCACUCCCCUGGCCAAACCAGAUGGCUAAUAUUGUCCGAUCACAGUGAGGCCCACGAUUUGAAGGUCGCAGUUGAAAUGUAUGCAUCCCGUGUGGUCAGUGGACGAGUUCAUUGUAAUCCGGUACUCCUGCAGAUCACCUUCAUUUCCAUGCCUUAACACGCCGCACCGAGAAGAAAAUCCCUGCUAACUCAGACCGAGCCGACAGAAUCGAGUCCGAUUUGUACACAUUCCAACGAAAAGGGUUGAUUCUUUCGAAGGAGAAAAUGGUGAAGAAGAGGCAUUUCUGGCUAUCGGUGACGAUAUCACUGCUUCUUAGACUGGCUUUGAUUCUUCUUCCCAAGAAUCUCAACUUGGGUUCUCGCCCGGAAAUCGCCACCCCUCUCACCAGCCUCCGUCGCCUGGCUGAAGGUUACUGGUUGAAGCAAUUGUCGCUCUCUCCAUAUGCAGGAUCUAUGUACCAUGGUUCCCCGUUGUUAUUGUCCAUCCUUGGACCCCUAACUGUUAAAAGAAGUGAUGGGCAGAAUGAUCAUCUCUUGUGCAGUUUGGUGUUUGUGGUUGCAGAUUUUAUUACUGCAAUGCUAAUCCGUGCGAUUGGUCAGAAGCUUCAGUCAUCAUACAGUCAAAGUUUGAGGACACUGAACCUUGCAAAACUGCUGGAAACUUCAAGGAAUGUAGCUGCUGGAGACGUUGGUGCGCUUGUCUACUUAUGGAAUCCCUUGACAAUAGUUACUUGUGUGGGGUCCUCCACAUCACCCAUUGAGAAUUUGAUGGUUGUUUUGUCCCUCUACGGAGCAUGUUCACGUCUAGCUCCCUUGGCAGCUUUUGGAUGGGUCAUGGCAACACAUUUUUCUUUUUAUCCUGCAAUCCUCAUUGUACCAGUUAUUCUUUUAUUAGGCAAUGGUCUUGAUGCUCCUCCAAAGAAAUUGUUCCUGCAGGGAAAUUCUAAAACAAAUGAAAAAAACCCUUCAAAUGUUACAAGCCAUCCAAGGCAUAUGAUUCGAUGUUUCUCAUGGAGACCAGUUUUGCAUUUUGUAUUAUGGGCAUCCCUUUGGUCAUUUUAUGUGUUGGCGCUGUGUAGCAUUUCCCUUAAACAAUACGGUGGACUGCCGGAAAUGUUAAAGAAGACAUAUGGAUUUAUUCUUACUGUGGAGGAUCUAUCCCCAAAUAUAGGCAUCUUAUGGUAUUUCUUUGCAGAAGUCUUUGAUUUUUUCAGAGUUUUCUUUCUUAUAGUUUUUCAUGUGAACAUUCUAUUCAUGAUAUUGCCAUUGGCCAUACGCCUGAACCACCGGCCUUGUUUUCUUGCAUUUGUGUACAUUGCGAUCUCUUCAAUGCUCAAAUCUUAUCCAUCGAUUGGAGACACUGCUUUAUACUUGGGGCUUUUGGGUUUGUUCAUCAAUGAACUAGCAGACAUGCAUUUCUCGUUCUUCCUCUUUUGCGGAUAUGUUGGAGUGUCUCUUCUUAGCCCUGUGAUGCACAACCUCUGGAUAUGGAGGGGUACCGGCAAUGCUAAUUUCUACUUUGCCACUGCUAUUGCUUAUGCUUGCUUGCAGAUCAUUUUGGUGGUUGAGAGUGUGGGGGCCAUGCUAAACCAUGACAGAAUGCUACGGAAGCAAGUUGUUGCAUCACUGUGAAGUAGCUACUUUGGGGAGUGUGUUCCACAGCCAUUUUGGUGGCUUUGGCCUUAAAUCUGGCAGGCGGCUCUUGGUGUUUUGGAUGAUGUUGUUGCAAAAUGGAUGUCUCUUGAGCAAGCUCCUCAGGUCUCACCGGUGUUUGCUAUAUUUGUUUUAGGGCCAUUUGCAGUCAAUUGAAUUCAGUCUCUCCUGUAUGACUAUUGCUGAGCUCUGGUCAUUCGCUGAACUUGCUGGAUUUUAAGAUUGUAAUACUAAGCAUAGUUAGCUUUGGAGAGAUUUGCAAGUCCAAAGAUGUUUCACUGA